AUGUCUGAACAAGACAACAUAGAUGAAUCCGAUGAUUCAGAGGAUGAAGACCUUGGAAUGUGGACCGUGGAGGACUCGUGGACGAUCAAGGGGACCCAGACGGGGGAGAGACGGUGUGGUCAUCGGAGAUCGGCACUCACCUGCGUUGAGGACGACAGUCAGAGUGGAUUCCGUGUGAACACUGCCAUGCAUGAAGCCAAACUGGUGGAGGAGUGCGACGAGCUGGUGGAGAUCAUCCGUCAGAGAAAACAGGUCAUCGCAGUCAAGAUCAAGGAGUCUAAGGUGAUGAAGUUGCGUAAGCUGGCCCAGCAAAUGGCCAACUGUCGCCAGUGUUUGGAGCGCUCCAGUGCCCUGAUCACACAGGCUGAGCAAAGCCUGAAGGAGAACGACCAUGCGCGCUUCCUGCAGACCGCCCGGAACAUCGCAGAGAGGGUUGCCAUGGCAACGGCCUCCUCCCAGGUCCUCAUCCCUGACGUCAACCUCAAUGAGGCUUUCGACAACUUUGCACUGGACUUUUCCCGAGAGAAGAAGAUCCUAGAAGGACUUGACUAUCUAACAGCUCCGACCCCUCCCUCCAUACGAGAGGAGCUGUGCACGGCCUCCCAUGACACCAUUACCGUUCACUGGACGUCUGAGGAUGAGUUCAGCGUCACCUCUUACGAGCUCCAGUACACCAUCUACACUGGACAGACCAACUUCAUCAGCUUGUACAACUCAGCAGACAGCUGGAUGAUCGUGCCCAAUAUCAAGCAGAACCACUACACGGUGCACGGUCUGCAGAGUGGCACCCGCUACAUCUUCUUUGUCAAGGCCAUCAACCAGGCGGGGAGCCGCAACAGCGAGCCAGCACGCCUCAAGACCAACAGUCAGCCGUUUAAAUUGGACCCUAAGACGGCUCAUAAGAAGCUGCGUCUGUCCAAUGACUGUCUGACCAUGGAGAAGGACGAGAGCUCUCUGAAGAAGAGCCACACCCCCGAGCGCUUCAGUGGGACCGGCUCCUACGGCGCCGCGGGGAACGUCUUCAUCGACAGCGGCUGCCAUUACUGGGAGGUUCUGCUGGGAGCGUCCACGUGGUAUGCCAUCGGCGUCGCCUACAAAUCCGCCCCAAAAAAUGAGUGGAGCGGCAAGAACUCGUCCUCGUGGGUCUUUUCGCGGUGCAACAACAACUUCAUGGUGCGCCACGAGGGGAAGGAGAUGCUGGUGGAGGCCAGUCUGCAGCUGCGGCGCCUGGGAGUGCUGCUGGACUACGACAACAACUCUCUCUCUUUCCACGACGCCAUGAGCUCGCAACACAUACACACCUUCGAGAUCUCCUUCCUGCUGCCGGUCGUGCCCACCUUCAUGAUCUGGAACAAGUCGGUCAUGAUCCUCUCAGGACUCCCCGUGCCGGAUUUUGUGGAGGGCAAUUCCUCGGAGCACCAGGAGCAGCAGCAGCAGCAGAUGGGGCUGUGUCGGCAGGAGUCACCCUACUUGACCGGGAUGAAGAAUUGUCACUGA